AUGGAGCGCGACGGCGGCGAGGUAGAGGGACGAGGUAACUUAAUUGGCAGAACAGUUAAAUUAGACUAUGAUACUGAGAAUCUAGAGCGAGGCAAGUUUGCCAGAUUGGCGAUUGAACUUGAAAUGACGAAGCCCCUCCCGACUCGAAUCAGAUUAGACGGCUUUUGGCAUUAUCUAUCGUCGACAUCCCGGGAAUCACCACCACUCAACCGGCACCGGAAGAUCGAGACAUCGUUGAAACCACCAGAGGGGUAUGGCCUAUGGAUGCAGGUCGUCCGGAAAUCACGACAAUCAAGCAAGAAAGGAGCUGCUAAUCAGAGGGAAAAUCAGGGAUUAGUUUCUGCAAAAGGCAUGGAAUCAGGAAGGCCACAAUCAAAUCUGAGCAAAAUAGGAAAGGGGGACAAGAGCAAACCAACGGCUGGUGUUGAAACAAAAGGAAAGAGCGAAGAUAGAGAUGACACCAAGAAAGGAAAUAUCAAUAGGCAAAAGGGUAAGGCUCCUCUUAUCAUAUGGAAGGUCAAGCGGCUAAUGAUCGACGAUCUCAAGAAGGUGCAGUCUGAAUUGGACGCCUCCAAGAACAGGGGAUCGGCAGCGAAGGCAGCGAUCUCGGAAUUGAAAUCAAAGCUGGUGGCGUCUCAAUGGUGGGUGAGAUCGAAGGUGGAGGGCGAAGUGAAGGCGAUGAAGGCAAUGAAUGAAUUGACGCUAGCCGUCUACCAGAGCUGCAAGGAUCUGGAGGAUAUCAAGAUGGAGGUCGAUGAGCAGCGGAGGGAGCGGAUAAAGAUGAAGCAGGUCCUCCGUGUGCGGCGGCAGAGCCUCCGCUUGCUUCAAUUGAAGCUCCGCGCGGUGCGGAUCGAGGCCGAGGCGUUCGCGACUUCGACGGAGGACGCGGCGGCGGUUAUCGCGAUGUCGACGGAGGCAGAGUACGGGACCGUUGAAUUGACGGUGGAGGAAUACGCGGAGCUGAUAAGAAGGGCGCAGGAGGAGACAGCGAUGUGCCGGUGGAGAGUCUCCGUUUCGGUGGAGCAGAAGCUCGCGGCGGAGGCUAGCCGGAACAUCGCUGUGGCGAAGUUGAACAAGGUGUACUGUAAUUCGAUUAAUUUUAAUAAGGCGGAUGGACGGAAGAGCGGCAGGCGGUCGGCGAAUGCGGAGGUUUGGGAGGAGGAGGAAGAGGGGGGUGCGAUUAUGGAAGACGAGGAGGAUUGGCGGUGGCAGCGGGGAAGAAAGGAGCGAGGGAGGAUAUGGUCGAAGAGGAGGAGGCGGCGACCAGGGGGGGAUUCGAGCGGUAGUGUUGGAGGAUGGAUUGUGAUUCCGAAAGCUAGGGCUCAGGCUAUGGCGGCAGAAUCAAAUUGCAGGAGGCUGGCGCGACCUCCGCCGACGAGGAGAUCGUGGAGCCAUGGCAGUAAUGGGAGGAAGAGAAUGGUGAAGAGGAGAAGCAAGCCGACGAUUUUCGUGAAGCUUUCGUGUUUCAUACAGGGAAUCAAGAAUUGGUUCUGGUGA